CACCACCGCCGCCACCGCCGUUGCCGCCUCCCCGCCGGCAAGUGCGUGAGAAGGAGCCGCCGCGGGCCGCCGCCGCCUCCGCAGUUGUCAUGGGGAGGAAGUCGAGCAAAGGCAAGGAGAAGAAGCAGAAGCGACUGGAGGAGCGAGCAGCCAUGGACGCCGUCUGUGCCAAAGUGGAAGCCACCAACAGGCUUGCAGACCCCUUGGAGGCCUUUCCCGUCUUCAAGAAGUACGACCGCAACGGGUUAAAUGUCUCUAUCGAGUGCAAGCGCGUGUCCGGCCUGGAACCCGCCACGUUGGACUGGGCCUUCGGCCUCACCAAGACCAACAUGCAGUCCAUGUAUGAGCAAAGCGAGUGGGGCUGGAAGGACCGCGAGAAGCGGGAGGAGAUGACGGACGACCGCGCCUGGUACCUCAUAGCUUGGGAGAGCAGCUCCGCCCCCGUGGCCUUCUCCCACUUCCGCUUCGAGGUGGAGUGCGGGGAUGAAGUCCUGUACUGCUACGAGGUGCAGCUGCAGAGCAGGGUGCGGCGGAAAGGCCUGGGGCAAGUUCCAAAAUAA